UUGACAGAUUACCGAAGCCUAACCAUAGCCUAACCAUGUUUUUAUUGGAUGGAUAAAAAAUAAAAAUUCGAGACAAUUUUUGUGACUCAAUAAAAAUUUUUGUUGCGAAACAAAAGUUACAAAAUUAUUUAUUAAAAAUACAAUAUAUUAUAAAGAUGUGGAAAGGGCUCAGAUUAACACAGUCCCAACUGUCGAAAUUACAUUUCAAAGGACAUAAACUGCAGCCUGUCGGUGUACCAGCUUUAGACUCCGUUUUGAAUCAAUGGUACGAGUUCUGUAAGAAGCCACCGAAAGGAUUUGAGAAAUAUUUUCAGCCGGGCGCCAGUCAGAAACAAGCAAAAGCACCAGAGAAAGAUGCACAGCCGCCUCCUUCGAAAACACCACCACCUGUCUCGAAGCCGAGUUUAUCGCAGGACAAAUGGAAUAUGAACAAUAUGUUCUCUGGAGGCACAGGAGGGAGCAGAGGAUCGAGUAGGAGUGGAUACGAUGGCCCAGACAGAGAAAAGUGGAUGAUGUUUGGUGCUAUGGGAGUGAUGGCUCUUCUCGGUUCCCUAGCCUAUUUCGAAUUAAGGUACAGAGAAAUAAGCUGGAGAGAUUUCGUGAACCAGUAUUUAAACAAAGGUGUCGUAGAGAGGCUCGAGGUGAUCAACAAAAAAUGGGUCAGAGUGAGGCUACAACCGGGGUCCGUUUUAGAAGGAAAAAUAAUCUGGUUUGCUAUUGGAAGUGUAGAUUCAUUUGAAAGGAACCUAGAAAACGCACAAAUCGAAAUCAAUGUGGACCCACCAAACUUUGUACCUGUUAUUUAUAAGACUGAAGUUGAAGCAUCAAGUCUUACGGGAAUCUUGCCUACAUUGUUGAUCAUUGGAUUUUUAAUCUAUAUGAUGAGACGUUCUGCAAAUAUGAUGGGUGGUGGGGGCAGAAAAGGGGGUGGUCUGUUUGGUGGUGUCAUGGAAUCUACUGCUAAAGUGGUCAACCCCACUGAUAUUGGUGUAAAGUUCCAAGAUGUAGCCGGUUGUGAGGAAGCAAAGAUUGAAAUUAUGGAGUUUGUUAACUUCUUAAAGAACCCCCAACAGUAUAUAGAUUUGGGAGCUAAAAUACCAAAGGGAGCUCUAUUAACAGGCCCUCCAGGAACAGGUAAAACCCUGCUGGCUAAGGCCACAGCUGGUGAAGCCAAUGUACCAUUCAUAACAGUAUCUGGCUCGGAGUUUUUGGAGAUGUUUGUUGGUGUUGGACCAUCGAGAGUGAGAGACAUGUUCUCAAUGGCCAGGAAACAUGCACCUUGCAUUCUCUUCAUUGAUGAAAUUGAUGCUGUGGGACGGAAGAGAGGAGGACGUAGCUUUGGAGGUCAUUCUGAGCAGGAGAACACAUUAAAUCAACUCCUCGUUGAAAUGGAUGGGUUCAACACGACAACAAAUGUUGUUGUGCUUGCAGCAACCAACCGUGUGGAUAUCCUUGACAAGGCAUUGCUCCGACCUGGCAGAUUUGACAGACAAAUCUUUGUGCCAGCUCCAGAUAUAAAAGGCAGAGCUUCUAUUUUCAAAGUACAUUUGCAACCACUAAAGACAACAUUAAAUAAAGAAAACUUAGCCAGAAAAAUGGCUGCCUUAACGCCAGGUUUCACAGGUGCUGACAUAGCAAAUGUUUGUAAUGAAGCUGCUUUGAUUGCUGCAAGGGAGUUAUUAAAUGACAUCACUAUGAAAAACUUUGAGCAAGCCAUCGAAAGAGUGGUAGCCGGUAUGGAGAAGAAAUCUAAUGUACUCCAGCCUGAUGAGAGAAAGAUUGUAGCUUACCAUGAAGCAGGUCAUGCUGUUGCAGGCUGGUUUCUGCAGCAUGCUGACCCACUACUGAAGGUAUCGAUCAUCCCCCGUGGAAAAGGGCUCGGCUAUGCCCAGUACUUACCCAAAGAACAAUACUUAUAUAGCAAGGAACAGCUAUUUGACAGAAUGUGCAUGACGUUAGGUGGUAGAGUGAGCGAAGAAAUCUUCUUUGGCAGAAUUACAACCGGUGCACAGGAUGAUCUGAAGAAGAUUACACAGAGUGCAUAUGCACAAAUUGUUCAUUAUGGUAUGAACGCCAAGGUUGGCAAUGUAUCUUUUGAUAUGCCACAACCGGGUGAAAUGGUGAUUGAUAAACCAUACUCGGAAAAAACAGCAGAGCUUAUAGAUUCUGAAGUGAGGGAAUUAAUCAAUUCAGCUCACCAACAUACAAAGGACCUACUGACUAAACAUAGAGCAGAUAUAGAGAAAGUAGCUGAGAGAUUACUAAAGCAAGAGAUUUUAAGUAGAGAUGACAUGAUUGAACUUUUAGGAGCGAGGCCCUUCCCAGAGAAGAGUACAUAUGAAGAAUUUGUUGAAGGCACUGGUUCCUUAGAUGAAGAUACAACUCUACCCGAAGGUCUUAAAGAUUGGAACAAAGAAAAGCCGAAAAGUAACCCUGACGAUUCUACUGUCCCUAGUAAAAACUGAUGUACAUUAAGGUUCACUGUUAAUAUUUUAUGUAAAGAAUACCUCUGAUUAUUGAAGGGUGUUUGAUGUUUUAGUCUGAAAAUGAUAGGAUCGUAAUUUACAAUAGUAGACAUUGAAUUGUAUUAUAAAAAUAUAUUUAUAAUCAGUUUCAAUCACAACGUUGAUUGCAUUUGUUUGUUGUGUAAGCUUUUUUCUAAAUAAAAGUAUGUUCUGCUA